CAUGAAGAUAACCAGAGAUAUCGCUCUGUCCUCUAUCUCUUUGAGCCUCACUCUCCUGAGCCUGGCAUUGUAGCACUAAAACAAUGUCCUCCGCUGCACCUGCUGUGCCUGUUGGGCUCCCCGCGGGCCCAGCCAAACCUCCAAAGAAGAAAUCCUCAAAAAGGAAAAGUGGUACCUCUGUGUCAGUCCUGAUCGUGAAGGCUGUGGCUGCAUCCUCAGAGCGGGGGGGUCUCUCCCUGGCAGCCCUCAAGAAGAACCUGAAGGCUGGAGGAUAUGACGUGGUGAAGAACAAUGGCAGAAUCCUCACUGCCUUAAAACGCUUGGUGACCAAAAAGACUCUGGUCAAAACCAAAGGUUCCUUCAAGAUCAACAAGAAGGCUCCCAAACCUCGCAAGAAGAAGGUGUUGAAAAAGAAGAAGCAAAAGGCCAAGAAAGCCAAGAGGGUCAAGAAAGCAGCUGGAGGUGCCAAGAAGUCACCAAAGAAGAAGAAGCAAACGAAAGCCAAGAAGGCUGCUGGGGCCAAGAAGGCUGCUGGGGCCAAGAAGGCCACUGGGGCCAAGAAGGCUGCUGGGGCCAAGAAGCCAAAGAGUCCUAAAAGGAGUCUCAAGAGGGGUCCGAAGAAGGCCAGUCGGGCAGCUAAGGCCCCCAAGAGAAAAGCUGCAGCCAAAAAGUGAAGAAAAAGACUCUCACAAUGAACACUGCGUGCUGAGCAAAUGCAUUUCUGGGAGCCUCUGACUUGUGUUUUGGACUUAACUGCAAUCAUUCCAAGAACUUAAGUAUGCUUUGACUAUUUUACAUUUUUUGUAAAAUAUACCGAAUCUGCUGUCUAAAUACUCAUCUCUCUGCAAACACCUGCAGAAGGCUUAUAAAGACUAACAAUUGUUAGAUAUAAUAAAGCUAUUUUCAUUUAA